UGCAGUGAAGUACAACAACAUAUGCCCUAGAGACUGAAUGGUUUACAGUUUAAGUGGAAGGUUGUAGUGAAGGAUGAGGGUACAGAAGUUGUAGCCUUUUAUUUCUACAAUGUAACGCAAACUGCUAAAAAAAUAGUGUCGGAGAACAACAAGGCAGGUCGACUCUGCCUUUGAGCAGUUGCACUUUUCUUCCUCUCUUAGGAAUUUGUAGGGACGUUUUGAGAGAGUUUAGCGAGGAACAAAGAUGAUGAAUUUUCCCCGCAGAUCAUGCAUCCCUUGAAAGACGAGCCCACUUCUGAUAAAGGUUUCCCGGUUAAACAGACUGGAUAAUUGAUGACUUAUCAGGAAAAAUAGGAAGCAUGGAAGAUCAACAAGAAAAGACAUCAUACAAUGAAAGUGAAGCUGGAUCUCCUAAAGAAUCAGAAAUGGAACAUGAGACACAAACAACUCAUUCACUUCUGUCACCAGUGACUGCAAGAGAUGUUGAUUUAAAUGUACUUAAUCCUGUUGAUAAUCCUGAGUUAACAGAGGAUGAAACAGAGACUUCACAAAUUCCAGCCACCAGCCAGGAACUUGUUUCAGAAAACUGUGAGCCAGGUGGUAUUUUAAAUGAAUUCCCUAGUUUGCAGGAAGGCACUGCUGAAGAUUAUGUUAGGGAUUCUGUCGAGAAUGUGCCUUUGAAUGAUUCAGACUCUGUGGUGCACACAGGUAUGGAAUAUGAUUCUUUAGAGCAACAUGCUGUUCUGGAAAUUUCACAAGCAGAAGAAAGUAUGGAAAAUGAACCUAGUCAUCCAUCUGCAGUUCCUUCUGGUAGUCACUCAGAGAGAGAAGGCUCUCCUGUGGGGAAAAUUGUUACAAAUUUGGAUGUGCUACAGGAUACAACUGUUACAGUAAAAAUAAUGGCGCUCCCUGAUGACCAUGUGGCUACCAUCGCUUUUGCCAUAGGACGUACAAUAGGAAAUCUGAAAGAAUAUUUUGCUGCAGAACUCAAAAUACCAGAACAUGUUAUCCAGAUCAUGUUUAAUGGAAAAAUGGUUGAUGACUCGGAGACACUGCUACGUCUUGGUGUUAGACCUCAUGGGACAAUUCAGCUUGAGAUGUCCUCUACAGAUCCUGAAAACUAUCCAAUCAAAUCAUUGAAACUGCAGCAAGAAUACAACAUGCCUGAUGUGAUAACUGUCAGAGUCCAGACAGAUGCUGGAACAUUUCAAGAUGUAGUUGUUGAAAUUGAGAGACCUACUCGUCAGAAACCAUUUCUAGGGGGAUACAGACAUAAGAUCUCUGGGCUAGAGUUUCAUCAUGCAGGAACACAGACCAUUCCAAAAAGGAGACCAGACAAAGGAAUUGAAACAUUUUGUCGAGAUACACAGACUGUUGAAGAAAAACAUCAGCAUCAGCAGACAACAAGUGACACCUCUACACAGAUGACUAAGAUUGGAUGUUAUGUGGCAAACAUGAAAGACAAAUUAAUAACCCCAGGAAAGUAUUUCACAGCUGCAGAGUACCAUGCCCGGAGGCUCAAGGCAGUAAUAAUAUUACAAAAAUAUUUAAGGCGCUUCUUGGCAAAGAAAUUGGUAGAACAACUAAGAGAAGAAAAACUGAAGCGAGAAGAGUGGGUGAGAAUGGAGGAUCAGAGGAAGAAAAAAGAAAAGGAAGACAGACUGAAACGAGAAUAUGAGAGGAGAAUGAACCCCAAAACAAGAGAUGACUUUGACCUACUCUACCACGCCUUGGAACAAUGGAGGCUUGAAGAAGUUGAACGCAUCAAUGAUACUCUGCAAGGAGCUGAGAGAAAAGCUGCUCUUUGUGCCCUGCUGGAACAAGAAACACAGCUGAUUGCUUCCAUUGGCAGACACAAACUAGAUGCUGAUAUAGAAAAUGGAGUGAAACAAGUAAUGGCUUUAUUAAACAAGUGUGCAGAGCCAAAGAAAUGGAAAGCGUUCAAUGGAAAAUCUAUUGAAAUGGAUACCCAGUAUACAAUUCGUGCUCGAGAACUCCGUGACAUUUAUUUCAGCAUUAAUAUGAACUAUCUCUCACAAGAUGAAAGGCUGGAUGCACUUUUAACACUGAAACACACUGUAAAGGAGCAUAACUGCAAGCUGACUCAAGAACUGGUUGAACUAAUUGACAGAGAAGCUGAUCUUUUAAUGAGAGGUGUCAAAGAUACUAAUCUGGAUGGACUGAGAAAAAGGAUAGCUACACUGUUUCUUCAGUAUAUCAAAACCCCAACAUUUAAUCCUGAAGUUGCCAGAUUGCUUAAGGUUCCACAAGAUCCAACUAAGUUGCGUAAAAAUGUUUACUUCUGUCCCAGUUGCAGAAACUACCUGCUCUCAACAGAAUUUCCCCUUAGUGCUAAUUCUCGUGUAGUUGGUAGAUGUCGCCAGUGCACCAGACUGGAUAAUGAAGCCCGUCUCCGUGAGGACUUAUCCAAAUACAAGCUUAUGCUGAAAAAUCUAUGUAAGGCAGAAACAGACUAUGGUGAUGAAUCCAAAAUUGCAAUGUUACUUCAGGAACAGGAUUUACAGUACCUGGUUGAAAAUAUUUGGGCGUGUCAGUCAGCUCUGAGUGCCUGCAAUGAUCUGGUUGAUCUAGUGCUGAUCAGAUGGGAUAAAUACUACGAAUGGUCUCCUUGGAACUGUAUUCUUCUCACAAAGGAUGAGGCUGCUGCUCAUCUUAAACUGGAUAAUGCUAUUCAGGCUUACGGAGUUCUGUUUAUUCGGAAGAUCAAACAUAAGCACACCUUAGCAAAAAAUUACUUCUCCCAGAUACCAGCUAUGGCUCCUUUUCUUCAGAAUCAAGGGUCAUAUCAGUCGCUUCUUGGAAAUGAAUUGCUAAUAGCUAAAACAAAUCCAGCAACAACUCAAGUUUAGUGUCGUAUCAUCCUGGACUAAUAAUAUCAGGAUCUAAAACAUUUAUGUGCCACUGUAAAACAUGGGCAAAAACAGUUCAAAUGAACCUGCAUUGGAUGCAGUACCAAUUAUAAUGCCUAAGCAAGUUAAGCUUAUAACAUCUGCUGCAUUUCUAGAAUAUCUAUUGAGCACCCUGUUACAGUUUCCUUAUAUUUUUACUACAUUUUUCAAAGAUAUUUUCUGUUAGCAGAGAGCUAAUUAAUGUUGGUGCUGAAAAUCUGACUUCAUUCCUUUUGAAGUUAUUACUUUCAUAGUGCAGAGGGAGGUAUCAAAACUCUCUUGAAUGUGCUCCAUUUUGAGAAGUAUCUUCUGAUGUCCCAGGAUUUAAAUUUUAUAUUUUUUGAUAUUAAAGAAAAUGUUACUUUUAAGCUCUAUUGAUUAAAACUUACAUAUAAAUAAUAGCCAUUAAAGGGUUUCCAGCACUUGCAGUAUAUUGGUUGUGGGGACACUUAGGUCUGAUGUCCCAGACUCACUGCUGUUAAUUCCAUAAUGGUUUACUCAAGUUAGAAAAUAGCACCUAGCUCUGCAUAGAUGUUAAGGUUGAAAUUAGUACACCAAAAAAAUAAAAUAUGUAUUUCAAAUG